AUAAAUAUCGCCUCACUCUCCUCCUGAGUCCUGCAUAUCUCACUCUCAUUCUCGAUCAUAGUUUUCAUCGCUCUCGUUAACUUCUAGAUCUUCAACAAAUAUGGCGAAAGAUCCAGUUCGCGUUCUCGUUACUGGUGCUGCAGGACAAAUUGGAUAUGCCUUGGUGCCAAUGAUUGCCAGGGGAGUGAUGUUGGGUGCAGACCAGCCUGUAAUUCUCCACAUGUUGGAUAUUCCACCUGCUGCUGAGGCACUGAAUGGAGUGAAGAUGGAGUUGGUGGAUGCUGCCUUCCCUCUUCUCAAGGGUGUUGUUGCCACAACUGAUGCUGUUGAGGCAUGCACUGGUGUCAACAUUGCGGUCAUGGUUGGAGGUUUCCCAAGGAAAGAAGGCAUGGAAAGGAAAGAUGUGAUGUCAAAGAAUGUUUCUAUUUACAAGUCCCAGGCUUCUGCUCUUGAGAAGCACGCAGCUCCCAACUGCAAGGUGUUGGUUGUUGCUAACCCUGCCAAUACAAAUGCAUUGAUCUUAAAAGAAUUUGCACCAUCCAUUCCUGAGAAGAACAUUACCUGUCUCACAAGGUUGGACCAUAACAGGGCCCUUGGCCAAAUCUCAGAGAGAUUGAGUGUCCAAGUGAGUGAUGUUAAAAAUGUCAUCAUUUGGGGAAACCACUCAUCAUCACAGUAUCCUGAUGUCAACCAUGCAACAGUUAAAACACCAGCUGGAGAUAAGCCAGUCCGUGAACUUGUGGCCGAUGAUGCAUGGUUGAAUGGUGAGUUCAUUUCUACUGUACAGCAGAGGGGUGCUGCCAUUAUCAAGGCUAGAAAGCUCUCUAGUGCCCUUUCUGCUGCUAGUUCUGCUUGUGAUCACAUACGUGAUUGGGUCCUUGGAACUCCAGAGGGCACUUUUGUUUCUAUGGGUGUUUACUCUGAUGGGUCAUACAAUGUCCCGGCUGGGCUUAUUUAUUCCUUCCCAGUUACAUGCAAAAAUGGAGAAUGGUCCAUUGUUCAAGGUCUUCCAAUUGACGAGUUCUCAAGAAAGAAGUUGGACUUGACAGCUGAGGAACUAACCGAGGAAAAAGCAUUGGCUUACUCCUGCCUUUCUUAAAUUACCAGUAUUUCAUAAAUUGCCCUUUCAACAUAUGGGGAGUGUAUGUGGUAAAAUAGAAGUGGCUUCAGUUUUGAAUAAGGCCAUUGUUGAUUCUUGAGGAAAGUGAUGAUGGGGAUAUUGCUUUGUCAAUUGUUUACUCUUAAUGUACUCUGUUUUAUUCAAAAUGUUCGAGCUAGAACUGAUGUUUUUUGCGAAUAAUUGGCAUCUUUUGUUCGUCCUUGGAUUAUAUUUUUCCUUCAUGAGUGAGCUUUUGUUCUUGCCCACCAA